AUGAAGACGGAAACUUACCGACCAAGUCCCCAACGGCCAGUCCCUUCUGGAUCCGAAGACUGCCUAUUCGUGAACGUCGUGGCGCCGGUCAAUAAAGCAAAGCUACCGGUGAUGGUCUUCAUUCAUGGAGGAGGCUACGGACAGGCAAACGGUGCAUUCGACAUGUCGCCACUAAUCCACACCAACAAGAACACAUUUAUUGGUGUCACGAUUCAGUACCGGCUAGGAGCCUUUGGGUUCCUGUCUUCUGACGAAGUCGCCAGUUCGGGAAUACUGAACGCGGGAAUCCACGACAUGCGCUUCGCUCUCCAGUGGGUUCAGGAAUACAUACGCCUCUUCGGCGGAGACCCCGAACAAGUGACUAUCGCCGGCUCGUCGGCUGGGGCGGGCGGUGUCAUGCUGCUUGGGCUGGCGAACGGGGGCGCUGACGGCACUUCGCUGUUUAAGGGGCUCAUCGCUUCGAGCCCCUAUCUACCGACGCAAUGGGAUUACAACGGCACCCGGCCAACAGAGUACUACCGCCGCUUCGCAGACCGAGCCGGCUGCCUCCCGGACCAACCCACCGCUAACCAGUCCGUCUUCGAGUGUUUGGUAUCGGCGGACACGGAAACGCUGCAGAGCGCGAGCGACUACGUCAGCACGACGGGCCAGCACGGGCAGUGGGCGUUCACGCCGGUCACGGACGGGACGCUGAUCCGGACGCGGCCGUCGGCGCAGCUGCUGGGCGGCGGUGGCCGGCUCAACGGGGCGCGGCUGCUGUCGUCGAACUGCGUCAACGAGGGGCCGUACUUCGUGCCGCAGGACAUCACGACGGCGGGCGCGUUCCGGGCCUUCGUGCGCGCGACGUACCCGCAGCUGAGCGCGGCGGACCUGGCCAGGCUGCUGGCGCUGUACGCCGUGCCGGCGGACGCGCCGCGCGCGCUCGCCAACUCGGACGGCGAGCACGCGCCCUUCUCGACGACCCGCUCCGCCUUCGCCGCCGGCUGGCAGCAGGCCGCCAACAACCUGUACGCGGAGGCGACGUUCGUGUGCCCGUCGCGCUGGCUCGCGGACGCGUACGCGGGCCGCGGCCGCGGCCGCGCCUGGCGCUACCAGUUCUCGGUGGCGCCGGGCGACCACGGGCGCGACCUGGAGCCGCUGCUCGGCCUGCGGGCCGCGGACGGCGGGCCGGCGGCCGCCGCGACGACCGACGCCGCGUUCCGCGGCGCGCUGCGCGCCGCCUGGGGCAACUUCGCGGCCGGCCGCGCGCCGGGGCUGAGCCGGGCCCAGGCCCGCGCGCUGGGGCCCGCGCGCGGCGACGUCGCCGCCGCGGGGGCGCGCGCCUGGCGCGCCUGGACCGCCGGCACCCCCGCGAUGCUGAACCUCAACAUGACCGGCGGCGUGCUCGUCGCCGUCGACACGAUGAUCAACGGCUCCACGAUCCCCGUGCCGCGCCGCGUCGCGGGCAACGGCACGGCGGCGGCGGCGGCGGAGCCGCUGCGCGCCCGGUUCCGGCUUGCCGACGGCCGCGCGUGGGAGGGCGGCCGCGGCGCGCGGUGCGACUUGUGGGCGAGUCUGGGCGCGAGGGUCCCGGCGUGA